AAUUACGGAUUGUUCACGAUGUUUUGGGACUUCUAUACCUUUAUACGCGGUUUUAGUGAGUUUUGUGCCACCGCUCUACUGAUGGUUUUUGGUUGCAUGGGAGAUUCGAUGAACCAAGGCGGCGAGAUAAAAGCAUUGGUGGCCAGCAUUCACUAUGGCCUGGCUGUGAUGAUGGUGAUGCACGUGUUUGGUUUCGUCCAUGCAAAUCCCUGCAUUUCGAUCUCGUGCUAUUUAAUGGGCCACAUAGCCUCUGAAAUGAUGAUGAUGUAUGUGGUCUGUCAGUUGGCCGGUGGAUUUGCUGGAUACUUCCUUCUCGUGCAAUUGCUGCCCAAGAAUGUGGUGGAUAAUAGCAAGCCAGCCGUUUGUCUGGUGGAACCUAUGGCCAGUCUGUCCAACGCUCAGAUUGUUACCAUCGAAUGUCUUUUGACCGCAAUCUUUGUGCUCGGCUGGUGCGCCUUGUGGGAUGUGCGAAACGGACGAUUCCUGGACUCGGUCACCAUUCGAAUGGGUCUGCUGGUGAUCGGCUGCAGUUUUGCUGGGCGCCAAUUAACUGGAGCUUCUAUGAACCCGGCUAGGACCCUUGUACCGGCCAUAUUCCAAGGCAACCCGGACUCGGUUCUAAUGCAGCUGACUGGCCAGAUCUUGGCCGCCAUCAUGGUUCCGUUUAUCUGGAAGAACGCGUAUACGCCACGUUAUAGACCCUUGGAAAUACCCAUUUGCACCCGGUAUCCAAGCUAGGGCUCUAAAACCCGAGUGCGAGUGACAAUAAACGUAAGCUCGGCAUUUGUGGCUACUGUGUGGUUUAUUUGAUCAAGUGUAUGAGCAAUUAAAUAUUAACGAUAAGCAUUUCGCGGUGGCGUAAAAGUAAUCUCGUUCAGAUAA